AUGCUAAACACCGACCAACUGUUGGCUAGGGCCACAUCGGAGAGACCACCGCAGAGUAGGGAUCUGCAGGCUCCAGGGCCAGCCAAAGGGUUUUUCAAACUUCUAUCAAGUAUCUCCCAUGAUGAGCAGGGGGACCUAGGGAGUGGUGACAGCAAGCAGAGUCAGAGCUGCCAGCUGCAGAGGUCUCAGAGCGCAGGGCAGGCAUCAAAAAAAGAACGCAGGCCCCGGAGGUGGAACAAGAAAGGACGAAGCUUGGCCGAGGCUGAGGAUCUCUUCAUCCCACCUUUCCGGAGGCCUUCUUUCCCUUUCCAGUGGGCCUGGGAGAGCUUCAUUAUAGAUGGCCGGGCUCUGCUUCAGCCAAGUUCGUCUGUGGCCCUGGGCCACCGAUCCCUGCUCUUGCCUCCAGCAGACCCCCAGCUCAAGUCCAGGCGCAAGUCCAUGGUCACCCUCCCAGAGGAACUUGGCUCCUGCCAGAAGAUAGAUGUGCAAAACCUGGAGAGGAGACAGCAGCUGGGGGCCCGGGGCAGCAAUGCCCUCCCUCUGGGCAAAGUGGAGAAUGAACAGCUGGAACCAUCCAGCGAGUGUGGCCCCUGGCUAUCAGGGAAAGGGUCAGGGUUGGGGUCAGGGUCUGAGGCAUCUGAGCUGGAAAGUCAAGGCACUGAAGAGGCUGAGAGGGUUCUGAGUCCUGGGGAACUGCUCCAGCUCCCAGACAGGAGCUUGAUCUUGGAGGAGGGGUGGAUUUCAGAGGCCACAGAGGAGGAGGAGCACAGUGCCCCCAACAUUAGAAAGGGUAGCCUUCGCAAAAAGGGGAGGAAUUCUGGAGAGAGGGCCCCAGCAGACACGUUGCUGCAGGGCCAAAGCCAGGGCAGUGGCUCCAGCUCCAAAAGCCUCCGAGGGCAGCAGAGGGGAAGGUCAAAGACCAAGGAGCUGAAGGGGCCCUGGGACCUGGAAAGGCUGCACAGACAGUUACAGGAGGAGCUGGAUUGUGGUCCCCAAAAGCAGACCUGGAAGGCUUUGAGGGCUGCUGUCCAAUCCUCUACCAGGAGUGGGAAGAUCCCUACUUUGAGAGAUGAUGAAAGUUUCCUGUCUGUCAACUUCCCUAAUCGUACCUUCUACAAACGACAGGAGGCCACCAAAAACCUGCUGCAGGCUUGGGAGUACCAGCUGUUGGAGGAGCAGCAGCAGGCCCAGAUUCGCAGGGCCAGGGAGCACCAUGUUCAGCAGCAGGUGGCUCGCUGUCUGGCAGCUUACAUACCCCAAGGGAGCCAGGGAGCCUUGAUUGCUCAGCGCAAGCCAGAGGAGCUCAGGCACAAGGAGCGACAGCGUUUUGUGGCAUACCAGGCAGAGCUGCAGGGCAUCCAGCACAGGGUGCAGGCCCGGCCCUUCCUGUUCCAGCAGGCCAUGCAGACCAAUGCCAGGCUCACAGCAAACAGGCGCUUCUCCCAGGUGCUGUCAGCACUGGGAGUGGAUGAGGAGCAGCUAUUGGCUCAGGCAGGAAGCACUGAAGGCACCUCCCAGAAACACAGGUGAGGUCACCUGGCCAACCAACAUGGCUCUGCCAGCUGUGGUGGGCCACAGCCCCCACACCAGCCUCUGGUUCCUGCAUCAU